ACACACACACAUCACUGUCCUCCCUCUGUGUGGCUCCUGCAUCGCUGGAGGCUCAUGAACUCACCAGUGAGCUGCUUUUCUCUGACUUUUCCUUUUUUAUUUCGGACACAGUUUCCCGUGAAAGGAUGUGACUGGUUGGGAAUUUCUUUGGCGGACACUUCCGGAUGAAUUGAAAGCAUCAUGUGCUUUUUGGUUUGUUUAUAUGUCUGUGUUUAUUAAGGAUCGGCACUGGGAUUAAAACUUAAAAAACAUGGAUGCGGCCGCUGCUGGUGUGAGCCGUCAGGUGUGCGAGUGCCCGGAAGCCGCUGCUGUCUCUCUGUCAUGGUGUCAGUGUUCGCGGUGAGUUCGCCCGGAGCACGAUGGAGGAAAGGAAGACACUUUUCUUUUUCUUCUUCUUCUUCUUCUUUUACCUGCUCAUCGCGACGCAGCUGUGUCCGAGCUCAGCUCAGGUCCUCAGAAUCGGUGGCAUUUUUGAGACCCGGGAGAGCGAGUUGGUGAGCAUGGACGAGCUGGCGUUCAAGUUCGCCGUCAAUAACAUCAACCGCAACAAGACCCUGAUUCCCAACACCACUCUCACCUACGACAUUCAGAGGAUCAACCUCUUCGAUGGCUUCGAGGCCUCCCGCAGAGUGUGCGACCAGCUCGCCCUCGGGGUGGUCGCUGUGUUCGGACCUUCUCACAGCUCCUCGGUCAGUGCCGUUCAGUCCAUCUGCAACGCCCUGGAGGUGCCGCACAUCCAGACCCGCUGGAAACACCCGUCGGUGGACAACAAGGACACGUUCUUCAUCAACCUGUUCCCCGAGUACACCGCCAUCGCCAGAGCCAUCCUGGACGUGGUCUCUUUCUUUAAGUGGAGGAAGCUCACAGUGGUGUACGAGGACAGCACAGGUCUGAUGCGGAUGCAGGAGUUGAUCAAAGCUCCUGCAAAGCUCAACCUGAAGGUCAAGAUCCGCCAGCUCACUCCGGGUAACCAGGACGCCCGCCCACUGCUCAAGGAGCUGAAGAAAGACAAGGAGUUUUUCAUCAUCUUCGACUGCUCCUAUCGCAUGGCUGCCGAGCUCCUGAAACAGCUUUCCUCUAUGGGAAUGAUGACAGAGUACUACCACUUUUUCUUCACAACUCUGGAUUUGUUUGCACUGGAUUUGGAGCCGUACCGCUACAGUGGGGUCAACAUGACGGGCUUCAGACUGCUGAACAUAGACGACCCGUGGGUCUCGUCGACGAUGGAAAAGUGGGCCGCGGAGCGACUGCAGGGUCCUAAACAAGAGAGUGGCCUGAUGGAUGGAGUCAUGACAACGGACGCGGCCUUGAUGUACGACGCCGUGUUCAUGGUGGCCGUGGCGUCUCAGCGAGCCACGCAGAUGACCGUCAGCUCCCUGCAGUGUCACCGCCACAAGCCCUGGCGCUUCGGACCGCGCUUCAUGAACCUCUUCAAGGAGGCACAGUGGGACGGACUGACAGGACACAUUGUUCUUAAUAAGACAGAUGGCCUGAGGAGAGACUUUGAUUUGGACAUCAUCAGCCUCAAAGAAGACGGAGCUGCCAGGGGUAACGCGGAGGCCGGAAGUCGCCUCACGAAGCGGUGGAUCAAGAUUGCUGUGUGGAACUCGUACAAGGGGAUGAAACUGAUGGAGAAGUCCAACCGAGACAAGAAUAACAAUGUGACGGACUCUCUGGCGAACAGGACUCUUAUCGUCACCACCAUACUGGAAAACCCAUACGUGAUGUAUAGAAAGUCCGACAAGGAGCUGGCGGGUAACGAUCGCUUCGAGGGCUACUGUCUGGACUUGUUGAAAGAGCUCUCCAACAUCUUGGGCUUUACGUAUGAAGUCAGACUGGUGGCCGACGGGAAAUACGGAGCGCAGAAUGACAAGGGGGAGUGGAGCGGGAUGGUGCGAGAGCUGAUCGACCACGUUGCGGACCUCGCUGUGGCUCCUUUGACCAUCACUUACGUCAGAGAGAAAGUCAUCGACUUCUCCAAACCCUUCAUGACCUUGGGCAUCAGCAUCCUGUACCGCAAGCCCAACGGCACCAACCCAGGCGUGUUCUCCUUCCUCAAUCCCCUGUCUCCAGACAUCUGGAUGUAUGUGCUGCUGGCCUGCACUGGGGUCAGCUGUGUGCUCUUUGUGAUCGCCAGGUUUACUCCAUACGAGUGGUACAACCCGCACCCGUGCAACCCGUCCUCCAAUCUAAUCCAGAACAAUUUCACCUUGCUCAACAGCUUCUGGUUCGGCAUCGGCGCGCUCAUGCGGCAAGGCUCGGAGCUCAUGCCUAAAGCCCUGUCCACGCGUAUCGUCGGUGGCAUCUGGUGGUUCUUCACUUUGAUCAUCAUCUCCUCGUACACGGCCAACUUGGCCGCGUUCCUCACGGUGGAGCGCAUGGACGCGCCCAUCGACUCGGCGGACGACCUGGCCAAACAGACCAGGAUCGAAUACGGGGCCGUGAGGGACGGAUCCACCAUGACCUUCUUCAAGAAAUCAAAGAUCUCCACCUAUGAGAAGAUGUGGGCGUUUAUGAGCAGCAGGAAGAACACUGCGCUGGUGAAGAACAACCAGGACGGCAUCACCCGCGUCCUCACCACGGACUACGCCAUGCUGAUGGAGUCCACCAGCAUCGAGUACAUAAGCCAGAGGAACUGCAACCUCACGCAGAUCGGAGGGCUCAUAGACUCCAAGGGCUACGGGGUGGGAACGCCUAUCGGUUCUCCGUACAGGGACAAAGUGACCAUCGCCAUUCUCCAGCUGCAGGAGGAAGGGAAGCUGCACAUGAUGAAGGAGAAGUGGUGGCGAGGAAACGGCUGCCCCGAGGAGGACAACAAGGAGGCCAACGCUCUGGGCGUGGAAAACAUCGGCGGUAUCUUCAUCGUCCUGGCUGCCGGUCUGGUUCUGUCGGUGUUCGUGGCCAUUGGAGAGUUCAUCUACAAGGCGCGCAGGAACGCAGACAUCGAGGAGUGUGUGUCGUUUACCGCCGUCAUGGAGGACUUGGGAAUCUCCCUGCAGUGUUACAAAGGGAUCCGGAGGAGGUCGCCACUCAACACCGGAGUUCGGUCAACUUGCAUCUUCUGUCAACCGCAGCCCACGGCGAAGAGGGACGGACGGAGGCGGGACUCCAGCACUUGAGCGUCGGAUCUGUAAAAAAAAAAAACAACCGUAAAGAUCAGAGACUCUUUGGCUUCUGUGUUUUGGCGCAUUUCCACCGGCUCUACUCGCCCCGCCACGGCAAGUCGAGCCGGUGGAAAUCCGCCAUUUGUUUCCUCAUUAAACUUGUCUUUAUACUAAAACGUGAAUGGAUAUUAUGUUAAGUGUUAUACUGUUGGUGUAGUUCACAGCGUCUUGGCCUUGUAUUAACAUUCAAUUGUUACGAGCUGAUGGUGAAUAGAGUAGUAAAAUCCACAGCUGUUGUGAGCGGCCGGUAGAGUUGAAAUCUGCAAACUUUAUUGAUACUCCCAUUGUGUAAAUGUACAACAUCUUCACAGAUUUUUUUCUGUAUAAAGACUUUUGCAUUUUUUCAUUAA